UCCUUCCAUUUCUCUCUUUGUGCCAUUUCAGCUGACUUAACACCACCCAAGAAACGAAAAUAUCGACCUCGAGGGGGUGGAGGAGGAGGUAAUAACGGAGCUGAAGGAGGUUUUGGUGUUGAAAAUGACACCGGUAAGUCCACCGACCAUGAAGAUGGUGGUGGCACAAAUGAGGCCUCUUCUAUGCGUUCUGGUUCUACCAAUGGAGAUGGUGGUACAUCAACAGUGGCGGGUGGUGGAGAUGACGACGUUCAGAGUGCUGGUGAGGGGACAUCCACUUGUGGCAAUUCCGGUCGUGUCUUUGAUGACCCCAACAAACCCAGUUCUUCAGGCUGGGGUGAAAAUCCUUAUGACAAGGCGGUUGAACUCAAUCGAGGCCUCUCCGAAUUAAUCGGGAAGCUGGUGGAGUUGCAGCCAAAGGAACCAGCCGGUUACCAGGACUACCUCCUUGUGACAAGAGACUAUCUCUUAGCUGGUUUUGUACCUCAACAUAUCUCACGUCGUCCUUGUCCCCCUGAAUUGCCUCCCCCUUUAGCAGAGUUGUUUGAAGAGCAGGAAGAUGAGCGUUACGCUCAGGCUCUCAAACAUCAGUCAGAGAGGGAGCAACUCCGACUCUGUGCUGAACAGUCUGUACUGCGAGCUCAGACUCGAGCCACAAUCGCCCUCGCUAAUCAACCUCGUCCACUCUCCUUCUGUUCUGUUCUGGCUCUCAAGGGCUUCACAUACCUGCCGAUUUUUAAGGAUUCUGAGCAUAGGGUGGGGUUUUUAUCUAUAUUUUUGUCCUUAGAAACAUCGGGCUUUGCUGAUGUGCGUCUUCUGCCUAUUUUAGGAUGA